GGCCAGGGACCAGCUCUCACACUCAGCCCCAGAGGAAGUGACUGCCACUGGGGGAGGAAUCGAAACGAGCCCUGACCUCCUCAAAUACGACCACCAGGGAGACGAGUGGCGCCCCUCCACCUUCUCCGCCUCCUCCUCCGCCUCCAGGCCCCACAGGGUCACGUUUGGCAUGGCGGAGGAUUCUCUCACCCCCGUAUCGACGCGUGCUGGCGUGGACUCUGAAGACACAGCAGUGACCGUCACCACCGUGCCCUCGGGCACAGCUGCAAGUGACACGAGUCUUAGCAGUAGCAGCGAUUUCGAGGUGACAGAAUUUAACUAUAGAAAGCCCACCGUGCCUUCUGGGUUUGACAGGCAGGAAAAACAUGAGAAGGAUAAUGAUGGUGAUGCGCGUACAACUGUAGAGUCUUCUACGUCAAGCAACCCCUUUCAAGUGUGGCGAGGAAACCCCUUUGUGCCAGCCAUUUCCAGUGCCAGUGGUGGUGACCGUGUGCGUGUGUCUGUGAAGGAGCCCGUGGCCCCUGAACAUGUGUCCUCAAGUGUUGAUGUGCGUCCUCUCAUUAGGCCCGAGGACCAGCCCGAACCCACAAGCGUACAGAUGGGAAGUUACAAAGUCCCCUCCAUAGUCAUCAUGCCCUCCGAGGCUCAGCAUGUAGAGCUGAAAAAAGAGGGUGGGAAGUCCCCCAUGCCCAAGGCUGUCAAGGGCAUCGUUGCAUCUGCAGAGGGCGAGGAUGACACGUUGGACACAGACGAUGAUGACCAGAGCUCAGUGUCCAGUUUUGGCUCCGAUCUCUCUGGCAGGAAGAAUCACCUCGGCAAUAAAUCCUUCGCAGGGCGCACAGGCAGUCUGCUGAGCAUCUACAGUGAGGCGGGCGACUUUGGGAACGUGGUGGUGCAGGGAGCGGUGGAGUUCGCCAUGAUGUACAGUCCAGCGGAGGAGCUCAUCAUCAUGGUGGAACAGUGUCAGGACCUCGCCCACGGCAACGCUCGCAAACAACGCACAGACCCGUAUGUGAAGACCUACCUCCAUCCAGACAAAUUCCGACGUACAAAAAGGAAGACCUCCAUUAAGAAACAGACGACCAACCCGGUCUUUGUUGAAUCGCUCAGGUACAAAAUUAAAAAGAGAGAACUGCACGACAAGACGCUGAAUCUGUCAGUGUGGCACAAUGACUCGAGGGGCAGGAAUGUGUUCUUGGGGCAGGUGGAGCUCGACCUGAACACCUGGGAUUGGGGACACGAGGCUCUAACGUGGUACAAUCUCCAGCCCAAGGGUGGAGAUGCACAUGAAUCUCAGGACUAUCGAGGAACACUGUUUGUGGCCGUGAAAUAUGUUCCUCCAGCCAGCACAGGGGGCGCCAAGUCCAACACAGGAGAGGUACAUGUGUGGCUGAAGGAGGCCAAAGACCUGUGUCAACUCAAGUCCCAUAACGUGGACUCCUUUGUCAAGUGUUACAUGUUGCCAGACACGAGCAAGAAGAGUCGGCAGAAGACGCGCGUGGUGAAGAAGUCCCAGAGCCCCGUGUACAACCACGCCAUGGUGUUUGACGGCUUCAGGACGGGGGAGGUGCGAGAAGCCUGCUGUGAGCUCACCGUCUGGGACCACCACAAGCUCUCCAACCAGUUCCUGGGAGGACUGCGCCUCUGCUUGGGCACAGGAGAAAGCUACGGCAAGAAGGUGGACUGGAUGGACUCGAUGGGUCAGGAGGUGGAGCUCUGGGAGGCCAUGCUGUCCAAACCCAACAGCUGGGUGGAGGGAGUGCUGCCCCUACGCUCCUCUAUGACGCCAAGGAAAUGAUGACACACACACACACACACACACACACACACACACACACACACACACACACACACACACACACACACACACACACACACACACACACACCCUACGCUCCUCCAUGACGUCCAGGAAAUGAUGCCCCACAAAUACACACACACACACACACACACACACACACACACACACACACACACACACACACACACACACUUAAACAAACACACACACUCCUCUAUGACGUCCAGGAAAUAAAGACCACCUAGCUAAGAAGAGCACAAGACUGAAGGAAAUAUCUAUCACCUCACAAGAAGAGCACAAGAGCUAAGGUCAUAAUUUAUUAUACCAACUCCCAGGAAAUGAAGACCACCUCCAUAAGAUGAGUUAGGGUGAAAAGAAUUGUGCACAGCCCCGGUCAAGGUGCAGGACAAUGACUGAUUCAAAUUCUGAUUCCUAGAAGUUUGCACACUUGAAAUUAUUUUGUUACUUUUAUGGUAUUUCAUGGCAGGACAAUGUUUGAACCGUGGGCCCUUCUAUAUUCUGAAAGAAAAACUCACUGUCAAAAUGUUGUCCUCCCAUGGAAUAAACAACAAAUUGAUUUCAAGUGCUCAGUAAGAACAGCACAAGACUGAAGGUCAUACUACGACCUCAGUAAGAAGGACAAGAUAUUGAAGGUCAUAUGCUUCAUGAUCUGAAAUUUGCUCUUGAUCACUAUGUGCGAGACAGGCACUCUAUGUAUGGAAGAAAACAUGCAACUUAUAUCCUAUGUAGUAGUGAAGAAGUGAAUGUUUCGGACAUGAGAAUAGUGUAUGUGCAGUGUAUUAAAUGUUAACUGCAAGAUCAUACAGUAAGUGAAGAGAAGGUUGAAUGUUCUGAAGCUGCAUCAGCAUGUGCUUUGCUCCUCCUAAAUCAAUGCUCAUGCAACAAUGGCGUUAGGCUUAGCCAUGUUGGUCCUCCUCAGUCCUUUUCUCUGUCUGUGGGUUCCCACAAAUCAGUAUGUACAGUAUAGCUAAUGGUUGUGACACAGCAUGGACAAAUUGUCUGAUCAAGAAAAUCCUCUACUGUGCGAUUGCAAUAAAUAAUAAUUGCCAUCUCUAAGUGUUGCUGGUAUUGUCCUUUUGUGCUCUUGGUUGUUAGGGUAGCUGCAGUACUGCUGAUAGGUUUGGCCAGGCCCAGGGGGAAAAAAGUAAUCAGACAUACAUUUGAAAGGGCCCCCAACUCAAUGCAUACAAUGUCACGGGGAGCCAAUUCUUCUUCUUCUUCUUCUUCUUCUUC